AGCCAUCGGGAUGCGAGCGGGGACCGAGCGCACCACUGCUGGAAUGUUGAGGUGGCGGCCUGCCAGAGAGGUAGUGCCCACUGUACCUCCUCGCUAAUUUGUUCUCUCUGCUUCAAGCAGAUGCUUUCCCGCUAGAUGAUGUGUGACCGAAAUAAAACUCGUAUUUUCUCUUUCAGGUUACAACUCUAGAUGUAUGAUAUAUAUAUUUCGAUGCUUUGGAAACGCUAGAGAACUUUUGCACAAGGCUGGCGUUGAAUCGCAUGGUGGGAGUGGAAAACUGAAUGUUGAGCAUUGUAGAAAACGUUACUGGCAGCCAUGUCAAGCAUGUGUUGGACACUUCUGUAGUUUUUUGUUAGUGCAUCGUAUGUUCUGCGAGGUACGCGGUGUUGCCCCCACGUAACCUUCCCUGGCCAGUAGUGUUGCGUCCGAACUAGGGGAGUGGAACCGGCGGUGUGAGCACCUCCCUGGGGUCGGACACCCGGGCCAUGCAGGACGUACGACACGCGACUGUGGGGGAAACAGACACCGUCGGCAGUGCAAGUGGCCCAGCGGAACCCGUAAGUGAAGUUGAGGGCGGGGGACACCCACCUCCCCCGCCCUCGAUCAAGGACCUGCCGCCGCCCACAAAGGGAACUGUAGAGCCACCGGUCCAGGGAGCCAAGAUGCCCGCGAGUCCGCUCAUACCACCGCCGCCCCCGGACCCGACUCUGGGCGAUGUCUCCGGCGAGUCUCAUACUCCAGCCAAAUAUCCCGUGGUUGACCCUGCAGGUCAGCCUCAUGGCAAAAAGAAUGGCUCUGCGGGGCAGCCACUUACGGCAGUACAAGAGACGGUAACCUCUGAAAACCCUCACUCGAACCCCAACCCCAACCCUAAUCCAAACCCUAAGCCGAACCCAAACAUUAACCCUGGGCACCACAGGCCUGUUGCAGGACUCCAGCAACAGCCUUAUCGAGUCCAAAGCCCAGCUCAAGCCGGAGGUCCAGCCCCAGGGCAAGCUCAUGCCCAUGCUUCGCCCCCUGUAGGGCAACAGAUUCCUUUACAGGGACCACCUCCUCCUCGCCAUGGCCUGCCGAUGAUGCCCCCUCGCCCAGGGCCUCCGAUGGCUCAACUUCCUCGCCAUGGGUCACCGCUGGUACACACGCCGCAUCACGUACCCCCCAUGGGAUUGCCGUCCCACCACAGGCCUCCAAUGGGCCAGCCGCCCCCACCGUCCCCCGUGUUACGGGCCCAUCCGUUUGUCGAACCCACAGCAAGGUCGCCCCGCUUUCAGGAGCCCGUCGUUCGACAGCCGGGCUACCAAGUGCCAAGACCUGGUGGCUCUCCCUACCGGGGUGAGGCACAGAUGCACUACCAGGAGGAAGUGCCACCCCAUUACCACGAAGAGAGGCUCUCUUUCGUCGAGGAGGGUGCGUCCUUCCAGGGAGAAGGGAUGUAUGGGGAGAAGGGCGCGGUGUACGUCGAGGAGGGAGGGUCGCUCACGGAGGAGAGUCUGACGCAGGUCCCAGGCCAGGCGCGACACCCCCGUCGCCAGCCAGGAACUUUGCGUAUAUCCAAAUGGGUGAACCCUAUCCCCGAUGACCCCGAGGACGGGCAACAACAGUCGGGGGAGCAGGAGUUGGCGACGAAGAUGCUACAGAUCCAGAGCAAACGGUUCUACAUAGAUGUGAAACAAAACAGACGCGGCAGGUUUAUGAAAGUAGCAGAGGUUAAGACUAACUUCAGGACAGCAAUCACCAUCCCAGAAAAAUCUUGGUCACGGUUUCGGGACAUAUUUGCAGAUUAUGUAGACAAAAUGAAGGAUGGUGGCGAGAAGGGCCCUAGUGAGAGUAAUAAAUGAGGAGCGUGGCAGUGUUAGGUAUGCUAAAGGAUUGACUGGUGACAGGCACGUGUGGGGAUGGUGACGUGUUGUUCUGGCCAUGCCCAGGUCGCCACACAAGUGCUGGGAGAUGCCACCGUUGCCCUAUACCUUGAGGAGGCGAACCCUAUUGUUGCUCCAGCCCAUGUGUUGGCUGCCAUUCCCACCACAAACUGCCAAUCCACACCCAGUCUACUCUUGUAUAAAGUGUAAAGAGAAGUCUAUAACCAGAGUCGUUUAUUGUAUAGCUUAUGAACCAGUUACAGAUACCAGUGAGAACCGGCAGUCUGAUGCUUCUGUUUACGUGAGGAAAACUAAUGUCCUUGGUAGACUUCCACAGUUAUAGAAAAAGGAGUUUAUAGGCAAUUAAAUGUUAAGUGAUACACAUAAUUCUAGAAGACUUUACUGUCAUUGGCGGCACUUGUAACUUGAUGAUAUGGGAUAUAUGAUAACCGGCCACUGCCUGUUUAUGUGUGUGUGCAGCAUUUAUCUGAGGAACUCACUGUGAUAUAUCUAUCACGCAGUUGUGAGUGAAAUCGUGGAUAGAAAUCCUAUUGAACCUGAAAUGCCGGAACUCCACAGGACCCAACAUAGUUAUGGCUCGCAGUAGGUUCUAUGAACACAUGUUGCUGAAAGAGUCGUAAUAACCAAUUGAACAUUUGUUACAAUACGAUAGUGAAAGGCCACACUAGGCCAAUGCCCGUUACAUAGUGUGGUGGAGUUGAGCCUUGGAGUGGUGCACUGCUGCCCAACCCACACACCCACCACAUACCCAAUUCAGUCAUCAAAAGCAGGUUAUUAACAACUUCCACAUACAUAGAAAUAGUUAUAAAACUGUAAGAGAUAUGUAAAGACCAAGAAUAUGUAACUACCAGAAGGGUUCUGAUGGGUGUGUGGGUAACGGGCAGCUAUGAUGUGCCGCCGUCCCGAUGCGGACUGACCUCACCAGCCACUGCCACCAGUUGUCAUGUUGUCUUUCAUUGCCACUACCCAACCUAGAAGCAGAUGGUGUACCAGCAGGAGCAAGAACCACCACCAUGGAGCUAGAUACAGCUAACAAGGAGAGGGGACAGUACGGUUCAAGUGUUUCUCAACUUAGUCACAUCAAGAAUGUCAGCAUAAAAUUAGUGAAGCCAGAUAUUUGAAAAGAACUUGCUAUUGAGUAAGAUGGUGCCCAAGCGGUGUAAGUGGCAUAGCAGAGUACCGUCCUGUCCCCCUGCUACCUGCCUGCCUUGCUGGAUUGCCCUCAAGCCUCCCUGGACUCCCAACCAACUCGCCAACAGUGCCACUAGCAGAGCCUCAGGUCCUGUUCUCUUGUUCCUUCUCAACUGGAAAAUAUAUUGUCAAGAUUGGGAAAAUUUCUGAAAUUGGAUUGGCUGGAGAUGGAACUCGACUACCCUAGUGAGGGAUGGUGCUGGCCGUUGAUCAAUGAUGCCUUCACUGUUAGAUUCUGCUGGUUAUGCCAGUGGACCAAUAGGUCAGGUAGGACAGUGCUCAAGGCUCUGACUAGGCACAAUAAAAUUUGCCGACUCACCCCAUCUACCAAGACUGAAACCCCAAGUCAGGACACAUCACACUUUGUUUACUUACUUUGUAAAAUGAUUUGCUAUAGAUAGAGACUUAAUUAGUAUGUGAAUUAUCUUGCAGUAGCAUCUUGUCAUGCUUCUCCUAAGUGCAGUGUUCGGGACGUCAGUGGUGGACCAUACGCUUCAUGAUACAUAAGUGUUGGAAGACAAAUUCAAACUCCCCCCAAACCUUCAUAUCAAGGCUUUUCUUGUGGACUGUGGCAAGGCAUAUUUGUUGGGGCAUUUGGAGGGAGCACGACAGGAACACAUGCAAGGUUGAUUGACACAGCUUUAAUAGUAACAGAAUAGGAAGAAAUGGGAGUUUACAUACAUCUAUAAUUGAUACCGAUAGUUUUUUUGUGAAAAGAUUUAUGUAACUAAUCAUGAUGUUAUUUAUAUGAAUGAUCACUUUCUACAUAAAACUUGAAAAAAUGUUUGGUACUGUGUUGGCCAGGUGUAUUGAGAUGGUAAUAAUGUGUGAUCCCCAGAACCAGGCCUGGUCACUCAUCCUCACCACCAUGUUUCUGUUCCACCUGUAUAUACAAUCAGUCCUUUGGGAUUUCAGCCCAAACAUUUCUUUUUGCUGAUUUUUCAUGAGCAUCCUAGACUGGUCUGCAGUCUUAUGUGUGUGUGUGCUUAUUUCUUCUGUUUUUCCCAAGGUAUCACGUUAUCUGUACUUCAUGAUUUUUGUUGGAUAAAGGAUGUGUAGUUGAUAGGUUUGUGUAUUAGAGUACUCAGCAGCAUUAUUUUUUUUAUACCAAGUGUGUAGCAGUAAGGAGGGCUAAGGUAAGCUGUAGUGCAGACCAAUCUAAGGGUUGCACAGUGGCUGUGGCUUGUGUCGUGGUGGCCCAGUGCUGGCUGACACCGUCCACGUCUGUCUCUGCCAGGGAUGCUCACCUUUUAUUGAUUAUGAUAUUUUAGCUAAAAAUUGUUUAAUUUGAAUUUUUUAUCAUGAUUGAUAUCUUGGUGUUGUGUGUAUUUUUGCCUGUUUCCCUCCAUUGUUGUUAAUAGUACAGCAAAUGAUAUCAGGCAGAUGUAGGGCAAGAAAUUAUUUUUCUUAAAACUUUGUGACCAUUUGUAAUUUUCCAUAGGAAUAAUUGUCUGUUAUUGAAAUUACAUUUUGUAAUUUUCUGAGGAUAAAUUGUCUAUUUCUAAAGCUACAAAAUAUAUGAGUGCUUAUAUAUGGAAUAAUAUAUAUAACCAGAUGAACUUGAAAAGAUUAGGUGGCAUUUGGUAUGGAAAGAGGCAGAUAUGGCCAUUAGCCAGCAACUGUGUCCAGGCCAGGCUUGUAGGCGCCCUUCUACCAAGCACACCUGCACGGGUGGCGUGAGCUUGGUGUAGCAACUUUCAUGACUUAAGGCAAAAUUUAUUAUCAGUUUUCGGUGUGCUAUAUGUAAUGGAAUUUUCUAUACUGAAAAUUUGUAGAAAAAAAAGUGGUUUGGACGUUUAUUGGCAGAUUGUGGGAUUAUAGAGAGGUGUGGAGUGUAAACCCAGCUCGGAAUAUGCUAUUCUUAUGAUAAUUUGGUGUCCCUACGAGUUCACAUGCUACAGUAGAUCAGGAGUAUGCUGAGGAUGGGCGAUGAUGACUACAUGUUGAAUUAACACCUUCAUUGUAGUAAAGAUGUGGAUGUGGGGUUACAGUAGUUUCGUGGGAGCCUGAUCAGUCCAAGGGUGUCUACCAAGUGUAGGACAAGUGGGAACUUCAAGUUAUCCAGCAGACAAGCAUUUCCGCACGUAUUUGUGUGUCCAUGUCUGUUGCUCCAUGUUGACCAUCCCCGAGUAGGAUACUUCAAUCUGUGUUACCAAACAGUGAUGAAUAGAAGCCUUCAUUGUUUGUGUUUUCAAGCCAAUUCACUGCCAUUUUUUGUCGUAUCAUGGUGAUGGAAUUGAAGAAGUAUAAACAGUCCAGCAGUCCAGGGUGUUGGCUCAUUGAGUUAGAAUUUUCUUUCUUUUCAUUUCGUUUUAGCUUAUUUAUUUUUAUUAAUAUGAUAAUUUCAUGUUAUCUUUAUUUUUAAUUAUGUUGUCAAAGAAUUUGUUUACAUUUUUAUCAUUACUAAUACUUUUUAUUGUUUUUUGUUUUUGUUUUAUACUUUGAUUUUGGGGACUUUUUGCCCAGUUUUGAUGGGAUUUGAUGAAAUCUGUUGCUUGAUGUGCCUGGUUUAAGCCAAGAAAUUGAGGUAAUUUGGUUUGUUUCAAUAAAAAAGCAUUUAAUAUCUUUUGUUUAGCAGCAGCUAUUAUCUCUCUAAGGAAUAUCAAUUUAGCUUUUAUUUGUCCUUCAGCAAUUGUACAUUGAUUCUGAAUUGCUUCAAGUCUUGCUGUGUUGUAAUUACUGACCUAAUGGAUAUGUAUUAUUAGUCUCACAUGAAUCCCAUCUUUUUGGCAAGAAAUAAUAAAAAGACGAUCAAAAGUGGAUCCUCUUGUGUUCUUGUACUAUUAUCUUGUCCUCUCGUUUGGUUAAAGCUGCGGCAAAAUGUUCGCCUUGUUCUCAUUCUGUAAAAUUUGUUGCCAUAUAGAUUUUCCCCUUAAAAAAUUGUUUUGGAGAAAAUGUACAUAAUCUGUUUUGAUUUGAUCAAAAUCACCUUGCUGUAAUGGAAGUAUUGAUAAGUUGUUAAUUGGAAAAAGAAAUUUAAGUUCUCUAAGGAAAGUAAUUAUAUGAAUUGCAAUAAAUGGAAGCAGUUGCAGUACUAUAGUAGCCAAGUUUUAUUAGAACAAGGAGCACAAAGGUAAUGUUUCAUAUUAAACACAUACUUUUAAGCACCCAAAACACAGCUGUAAGAAGUGUGCAAAUGUGUUUACAUGAUGCACCUGACAUAAUUCCCAUGAAGCACCUUACAUACAAGACAUCCAUCAUGCCACUCGCCAUGCAUGCACAUAUCACACAUCAUGGUUAACAAACACAGACAUACAUACACAAACAUGCACAAGUAAUGCCUUCCAUUAUGCUGUUGGAGCAUCUGCAAAUGCAACAUCAGUAUGCAUACAUACAAAAUGCACUCCCACUUCCACACAAAAAAUAUAUAAAAAAAAAAAAAAAGAAAAAAAAAAGAAAAAAAAAAGAAAAGAAAAUGAAAAAGAAAAAAAAAAAAAAAAAAAAAAAAAAACAUGCACUCGCACUUGCUGUGGCACACAGUUGCAAUCAUACACACACACUCAGAUACACUCUUUACCUAUGUAUAAUGCCAAUUUACACACUAUUUUUACUGUUUUCUUUGGUAGUUGCAGAUCCUUGCUAAUUUUUCAACUUGUAGCUCAUGGUGGGCACACUGGAUGACACCCUUUAGACAAGGGUGGAAACAGACUCAACAGGGUGUGUGGAUUGUGAUACCACUAUUUUUUCACUUUUUUUAAUUAUUAUUAUCAUUUUUUUAUCUACAGAGGUCAAACAUUGACACAUAUGAGUGGUCUUCUUCACAGAAGAGGUUGUUGGAAGUUAUGUACCAAACAACAAUUGGUGCUCUGUUUGUCAGUCAGGACUUGGCAAUACAUAGGCUUUGAUUGUAGUAGCUGGUUUUGAUUACCCUACAGAUGCUUCUGAUUUCUGGUUUUAUAGGUAAAGAGUGACUGACGAGAGAUCAGUAAGAGGAAAUGUGAGCAAACACCAACUGUCACUCCAUGAUCAGUUUACCAAAAAUCUUGCAAGUCUGUAGUCAUUAUGAGGGCUAUUAAAAGACUUGGAAAUGCCACUGAUAAAUGAAUUAAACAGAUCAAAGAAAAAAAUAAAAGUAAAAUUGAAAU